UUCUCCGUUCCCUACGUGGUUGAUCCGUCUUGGCUUUUCCCGAGAACGAAAGCGGGAGGAAAAAGCGAGGGAAUGGAACCUUUGCGUUCCAUGACUUUUGUCGCCACAAACGAAAAAAAGGGCGAAUGGUGAGCUCAGUUUGGAACGAAAUUGGAACGACGUUGGCGGAGCAAUUUGAAUGGUGAAGAAGUGUGGACAAAAACUCUAGGUUGAUAGUGUGGACACACAUAUUGAUUGUUGAUGAGGAAGGACAGAAGAAACUUAUUUCUGAUUUCAAUUUCUCCUGGCUUGAGUGUUUCUUUUUGAGGAAAGCCUGGUCUUUGUGGUGGCGCUGAUAUCGAUUAAAUCGGGCAUCAAGGAAGUUGAUGAUCCCCGGUAAAUCUCUUGGAGAUCAGAAAUGUAUCCUCGUUCGGGGAGCAGAGGGACCCUGUUCACUCUUCAGGGUGUGUUCUUACCUCUCAUCAUAUACGGACAAGGCACAAAAGGUCUUGUGGAUGAUCAUGGACCACUUGAAGACAGAUCACCUCCUUUUGGAAGUGUUGCUGGAAUGGGACCAGGCCAUGGAGAUAAUGAGAUCCGGGUCUUCCAAUCAGCCUACAGCCCAAGUCGUCCUGAAUUCGCGGGGAGGAUCAAGAACAUCACGGUCAAUGUGGGCCGAGAGGCCAUCCUCGAGUGUCAUGUCAACCAUUUGGGGCGGUACAAGGUCGGAUGGCUGAAAGCGAAAGAUCAAACCAUUUUGGCCUUGCACAAACGAGUCAUCACCCACAACUCUCGCAUCGAUGUUGACCAUGAAGAGAACAGAAAUUGGAUGCUCAAGAUCCACCAAGUGCAAGAGAGUGACAAAGGUUGCUACAUGUGUCAAAUCAACACGGAGGAAAUGAAGAAGCAAAUUGGAUGCAUCGAUGUUCUAAUUCCUCCCAAUAUCGUGGAUAAUCUAACGAGUUCGGAUGUGAUUGUCAACGAGGGCGAGGAUGCCAUCUUGGUUUGCCGGGCCAGUGGACACCCAGAGCCGCAGAUUUUAUGGUUGAGAGAGGAUAAGAAAGAGUUUGUCGUGUACUCGAACAUAAAUAACCACACCCGUCGAGAAACAGUGACUCAAUAUCGUGGACCGGUUCUAGUUAUGAGGAAGGUCCAGAGGCAUCAAAUGGGAGCUUACCUCUGCAUUGCUCAAAACGAUGUUCCCCCUGCAGUAUCCAAGAGGAUCAUUCUCAAUGUCAACUUCAAGCCCGAGAUCAAUGUGCCCAGCCAAUUGCACGGGGUUGGUCCUGGAUCAUCGGUGACACUCACGUGCGUCGUUCAAGCAUUCCCAACGGCCAUCAAUUAUUGGAUGAAGGAUGGCAAGAAGAUGCUUCUGGACAACGACAAAUACAACAUAUCUGAGGAUCGGAAGAGCCUCUAUGAGCGUGUGAUGUCACUCACCAUCCGGAAUUGGGAAAAAUCCGACGAAGGCCAUUUCAUGUGCAUGUCGACCAAUUCCUUGGGCGAGGCUGAUGGCACCAUCCAAUCUUAUACCUUUGAAGCCCAAACGGAGCCCACUGAAAACCGUUAUGUGGAACCAACCUCAAUGGACUAUGACUAUUAUGAGACUACAUUGACUCAUCACCGGAAGGAGUACUAUCAGGCUCAAAACGAUGACCAAACUCGUUUACAAGAUCAAUCAGUUUUUGACCGUGACUCUAAUAGGGAUGAUGACGCGUCCAAACAGAAUCGACAACGCGAGCGACGCAAAAAGAAACGAGAACGGAAACAAGACAACUCGGCUUAUUUCGGACAUCAGAACAGCGGAUCCCGGAGCCAGACUAGUUCGGUUCAGAUGCUAUGCAUUUGGACAUUCCUAUCAUCCCUCAUCUCAAUGCCAUUUGUAGGAACAGCCAGCUCAAUCCGUUCGUUGUGAACCGGUUCUAGUUUGCCAACCGGUCAGUCAUAUUAUAUGCAUACAUACACCAACACACUAACACACAAACGAACAAACAAACACUAAUGAUAUGAUGCUCAUUGAACGCGAGAAGUCAUUUCCAUAUGUAAGAAGUUAACGAUUGUCUUUCAAAUGAUUGCUCGCCUGACUCGGUCGUGAAGACAAUGAGACGGACAAAAAGUUAACCACGAAAUAAAAUGGAAUUCGCAAUCGUCGUGAUACUUUUUCAUAUCAACGAGCAAAAUACCAAUUCGAAAUUGUUUUAUGUUCCUCAAUGAGAUUUGAUCAUCAUAUUGUUGUAUGUAUCCUUGUCAGAGAACUUCAUUCUCACACUUGUUAGCAAAUUCCAAUGGAAAAUAGACCAUGUUAGUGGCCAAAAUAAACUCGGAACCUUCU